AACUCAGGGCCUUUGCAGUGAGCUGCAUCCCCAGCCCUUUUUAUUUUUUACUUUGAGACUGGAUCUCACUAAAACUGUGUUGCCCAGGUUGGGCUCAAACUUGGAAUCUUCCUGCCUCAGCUUCCCAGAGUGCCAGGAUUGGACUGCCACACCCAGUUUGGGGAUGUUUUUUGUUUUUGAGAUGUUUGAUGUCCUGGACCAGCUCUUUCUGAAAAGGGCAGAGAAGGAGGUGGAGGGAGCUCCAGGGCCAUGAGCACCCCCAGUGAAGCAGAGCAGAGCCCACCCAGAGUCUGUAUCCCGCCAAGAUCAGGCUCUGGUCUGAGCCCGCCCAGCUGGUGUCUGGGGGUGAUGGUUGAGUGGUUGGAUGGGGGAACAACAAGUGAAAGAGAAGGUCCGGGGUGCAGGGCCGGGUAGCACUGGUCCUACCCCAGCCGUCCCACCCAGCAGACAAGGCGGGGCCACCUGGCUUCCUCCCCAGGGCCUCGGGACUCAGAACCCAGUCGUAGCUGCGCAUGUGGUACCUCAGCACCAUGGGGCUGGGGGGUAGGAGCCUGAAGGGCAUGAGCGGCCCGGUGCCCACGCGCUGCAUCCAGGCCGAGUGCUUCGACCACCUGGUCCGCCACUGCGUGGCCUGCAGCCUCCUCCGCACCGCAGAGCCCAGAGCUGCCUCUCCUCCCUUCGCCCAGAGGUCACUCCUCCCCUCUGCCCACCGGCCUCCUUCCCCAUCCCCUCCGCCAGCAGUAGGAGCCAGCAGCCAGGCACCUGGAACAGUGCUGCAGCCGCAGGAGUCAGUGGGCGUGGGGGCGACUGGGCUGCCCCUGCCCGGGCUGCUCUUCGGGGCCCCCGUGGUGCUGGGCCUGGCCCUUGCCCUGGCCCUGGUCCUGGUGGCCCUGGUGAGCUGGAGGUGGCGGCAGCGCAGGACCCUGGAGGCUCCAGAAGGAAGCCAGGAAGAGCCCCUCGACAACGUCUAUGUCCCCUCACCGGGAACCCCUGAUGCCUCGGCUCCUGUCUGGCCCGAACCCAGAGAACACCCAGCCACCACCCCACCUAGCCACAGUGUCCCUGUACCCGCCACAGAGCUGGGUUCCACUGAGCUGGUGACCACUAAGACGGCCGGCCCCGAGCAGCAAUAGCCACAGAGGGGACAGGAGAGGACCUCGUCCUGCUUCCAGGCCUUUGACCUGGGGCUUGGAAAUGAUUCAGAGCCUCACCCCCAGGCCCAACACCCCUUUGCCUGGGGACCAGGCUGCUUCUAGGCACAGACACCAUGGGCCUCGGUGUGCAGCUGAUGUGAGUGGUCGCCUCUGGCAUAGGACCACAGGCCUCUGAUGGGCCUCGAAGAUCACAUCUGAGCUCUUGAGCUGUCGGGUGGCUGGAUGUGCUCUAGUUUGGAUGCAGUCAAGUGUACACCUCAAGGCUUCACGCAUCCGGGUUUCAUCGAUGUUGUGAGGUAUUAAAAGGGUGAAAACUUGA